CACACGCUUUGAUUCAUAUCUCCGUAAGCGAAUUUUACAAGCAAGUGUAGUAAAGGCUGGCGCAAGAACAAAAAUCUAUAUUUAGUAGUCAGUUAUACAUUCGGUGAAAAAGUCCCAUGUUUCGUUUCGGGAGAUUUUGAUUCAGAUGGCAAAGAACCCACGUGCAAAGAGCAGAUCCUGAGCAUUCGGCUCUUAUGAAAUUUCUGUGAGAUCUUAAUUUGAACACAGAGAUGAUUUUCAAGAUAUUUGGAUUUUUGCUGUUAAGUAUAGCUGGGGUUCGAGCAGAUAGCUGCAACCUGGCGGAAUUUCAAAAAUGCGUAAGCCAAGCUUCAGAUUUCGCCGACGGCUAUUCUUUUCAUAUUACCAGUCCAGAUGAAUUCCAAGAAAGUUGUGAUACAAAAACAGCCGCCAUGGACUGUGUGAAUGAUUUUGUCUCGAGAUGCAUGCCAGGUACACAAAAGGAAGUUUUUAAAGCAACUACUGGUGGAAAGUUAAAACUAGUUGAAGAACUGUGCACGCCUGGAACUGACUUCAACAAAGGAUAUUUGUCGAACAUGGAUUGCUGGAAGAGGAUUGCAAACGACAUUUCACACUGCAACGCUAAUUUUGAAAAGUCGCAGAUGAUUCUAAUGCAAGAGGAUAUGAAAGAGAGGCUUAGGAUGUUCCACAGCUGCUGUGCCUACGAAUGGCAUAAGCAGUGCAAGGCAAAAGCUGCAGAAUCCAGCUGUUCCGAAGAAGCCAAGGACUAUGUCGAGCGUGUAUCAACAUUGCUAGGAGGUCAAAUACUGGCCCAGCUCUGCGGGUCUUCUUCUUCUGAUUGUUAUGGGCAGCUUUAUGGGGUCAAUCAUGGCGCCUUCUUUUAUCCAUCUGCUAUGAUAACUCUGCUUUCAUUUGUGCUAACAUCAUAUUUUUAAUAAAUAGUUUUUAUGUA